AUGUAUUAAAGCCUAUAUAAAUAUUGAAUCACUAGAACACGAAUCAAAAGGAUUUCAGCACGUUUAGGAGCUUAGUUUUGGAGCUACAAAGAUGCAUAGCGUAUUUAUGAUCGUGCUGUUGGUUGGUUGUGUGGCAGUUAGCUACACUACUGCCUUUGAAGAUGACUUUACUGAUGGAAUUGAGACACGUAGAGGACUGUCCUUGGGAAGUAUUGGAGGUGAUGACAGGCUGUUAUCCAAUACCAAUCACGCAUCUGAUGGAGCCGCUUUCGUGGUGCAAACCCAAGAAGUAGUUAUACGUCCAGUUUCAUAUACGAACAUCACUGCAAUUCAAGUGACUGAAGUAGGAGGCGCCCAUAAUGCACAAGUGAGUGUCGUUGAUGGAGGCAUCGGGAAGAAUUUCGUCAGACUCAGUUUCCGAUCAGAGAUUGGACGAGGCUACUCGUAUAAUGUGAGAAUCCAUGGUAGAAUGGGAUGUUAAGGUUUAGAAGUCGGUUGUAAGGGAAUUUGGAAUUUGUGUUACAGUUACAGAAUUCUGAUAUGUUACAGAUUAUUAUACUUUAGGAGCUAAGUAAGCCUAUAUAAAUAAAUCGAGAUUCAGAUAA